AUGGCAGAUGCUGCCGACAUCACUUUUGAGAAGGUUGAAUCUGGUGCCUCGGAUACUUAUCCUAAACAGUGCUCGGCUCUGAGGAAAAACGAACAUUGUCUUAUUAAGGGGAGGCCAGUAAAAAUCGUGGAAAUGACAACUUCCAAAACUGGAAAACAUGGCCAUGCCAAAGUACAUCUAACUGGUAUAGAUAUUUUUAAUGGAAAGAAAUAUGAAGAUAUUUGUCCUUCAACUCAUAACAUGAAUGUUCCAAAUAUCAAGAAAGCUGAAUACCAGUUAGUGGAUAUAGGUCGUGAUAAUUUUCUCUCUCUGCUAAGCGAUCAUGGAAUAAUACGAAGUGAUUUGAGGCUACCCGAGGGAGAGAUGGGACAGAACAUGAAAAAGAUGUUCGAAGCUGAUGAUUCUAUUGCUGUAACGGUGAUUGAAGCUAUGGGUGAAGAAGUCGUUAACAGUUUAAAGAAACUGUCUGACUAA